AUGAGACCACCUGUCCCAGACGCCGCUCUUUCGCGCUCUCGCAAGCACUCCGUUGAACAACAGCAGUGGAUUGAUCCCCGCAGUACUACUCCAUCUACUUUCUUUCUCUCCCGCAGUCCGCACCCCGAUGGCUCCGAGCUCUCCCCGGUUGAAUCUGAUGAUCCAAGAGAUAGUAUGUACGGGGUACAGAGCUUCGAUGAAUCGAUCUCCGGUGCUUCGGGCGUAACUGCUUCGCUUCCGGAGCUGGACUCCCCGUCUGUCAGCAAGCCCGUCUCCGUUUCAGCCUCGCCUGCAACCCCUCAACAAUGGAGCAACAAUUUGGAGGAGGAUCCCGGUUAUGCGUUCCCAGAGACACAUCAAAGCUCAACUAUCAGGGAUUUCGAUUCUACUCACCACAAGAAGCUGGAUGCGCCGUUUGCUUUAUCUAACUUCACAUCGCCUCGGCCUUUAACUCCGCUGAAUCUUUUGAACCCCGACGAACCAUCCUCCCUUCCAAGCAGCCCCAAGUCAAUCACCAACCAAUCCACGAGACACCUCGAUGAAAUCUCUAUUACAGAUGAUCUCAGCAGUCAGGCUGUUGCUUCCGGUGAAGAAGAUGAGGACUCUCGUCCCACGCUCAACGCGAGUUCCGACACCAUGUCACAACUGAUUAUGCCGAGCAUCACAAUGCCUGAUCGAAGACCAUUUACUGACAAAGGCAGAGCACUUGGCCGGAUGAAACUACUUUUGGCGGGGUCAUCUGGCUCUGGCAAAACGUCCCUCAUCAAGUCCAUCGUACAGGUUUGCGAAGACAUUGUCCAUGUUGACCCAUUUGGUGAAUCAUCCUCUGCCCUGUCUCUUUCGCAUCACGGUGGAUCACCCCGCACCUCACCUCGGGCAACCCACGUCUCCACAUACAUUUCUGAGAUCUACGCUAGCUCGAAGCCUUAUCCCAGUUGGUGGUCAGAUCUCGAAAACUCUCGUGUCCUUCGAAGACAGAAAAGCUCAGGCGAAGUUGUCCUCGAGCGCAAUAUUUGCUUUGUCGAUAUACAGGGGAGCCGGUUAAAUCAGACCGGGCAGGUCGACGUCAUUAUCCAAUAUAUCAGCCAACAGCUUCUCCGCGCCGCCUCAGCCCUUGAUUCUUCGAAUACCGACUUCCAAAACAUGCUGGCAGGUAAUGGAGGGUCUCAGGUUGACGCCAUUUUAUAUUUCAUAUCAAAGGAUACACUUCAUUCUGACAUAGAGUGUAUCAGCAAGCUUAGCUCCUGGACUAAUGUGAUCCCCCUCAUAUCCAAGUCAGACUUAUUGACUUCAGAUCAAAUAUUAAACCUCAAAUAUGCAUUUCACGAGGAAGCUAGAGCAGCUUCCCUGAAGCCUUUCCACCUUCUUGGAGAGACAUCUUCGGAUAUUGAUGAGCCUCCUUUCCCUGUUUCGUCGGCAAAGUCAAUUGAUGACUCCAUCAUGGAUGCUAGUACAUUGAUGAGCCCUGACUACGUACAGCCGCUGGUUGCCUCCGACCUUGCACCUUUGGUCCACGUAAUUUUUGACCGUGAAAAUAUCGCCUGGAUCCGUCAUUCGGCGGCCAACAAACUUGCACAGCGACAAAGAGAAAUGGCAACCCGCCGACAAAAUCCACUGCAGAAUAAUGCUUUAUCUUUCUCUUCUAGUCGGUAUGGACUUGCACCUAGUUAUACGAUGGCGCGGAUAUCCGAUUACUCGAGGCAUGAGGAGAAGCGCGCUCAAAUCCAAUUGGCGAAAUGGGCAUCAGAUCUGCAGCAAAGUCUCCAAAACGAGCGAGAACGAUAUUCAGCACUAGCAAGGGGCGAGCGAGCUGUCUGGCUGACUGAACGACUAGGAGAAUGUGUCGUAGAUGGCUCCCUUGUUCCUGUCACGCAAACUCCUGACUUCUGCGGACUCGGUGUGCCAGCUGACAAACCAAAUGGAGGCAUUCUUGUCCGGACCCAAAAUGGCCAAAGCGUUCAAUAUCAUAUUGCCAGCAUUAGUCCCCUCGAUCCGCUCGGUAUCGUCCGGUGGUCUGAGGAUCUCAAACAACGAGGCUGGGCCAUUGUCCAAAUUGUGGGCAGUUUUGGCGUUGUUGGAGGGCUUGCUCUCUGGCUAGCGAAGACCUGGGGUUUGUCUUCGCGAAGUUUCUCGGAAUGGCGUUUUGAUUGGUAUUGCACCAGCGAUUAG